AUGAAUUAUACAAAUAAUCCAAAUAUUGCAGCUGAUGCAAAACAUGUUAGCUCCGAACAACAUCCAAAGUAUAAGGAGGCAACUUUAAGUUUACAAAAUAGUCAAUACCAGUAUGCCAUUAGAUUAUACUCGGAAAUAUUGACCCAAAUUCCUAAUAGUUAUUCAUUGAAAUGCGAUAGAGCAUUUGCUUACCUAAAUGCUGAUGAAUUGGCGCUUGCACUUCGUGAUUUGAACGAUGCAAUAACAAAAAAACCAAAGAAACCUCGUGCUUGGGCAAUUCGUGGUGAAGUUUUUCGUCUACAAAUCAAAUAUGAAGAUGCUUUAGCUGAUUUGAAUAGAUGCCUUAGAAUCCAACCAAACAACACUCGUGCAUUAAUUUCUCGCUCGCAAGUCUAUAGUGCUAUGCAACGUUUUAAAGAUGCGUUAGAUGAUUUGAAUACUGCGUUACUAUUAGAAUCAACUAAUAUCUACACAUUGACUCGUAGAGCAAAAAUUUAUGCACAAAUGCAUGAAUAUGAAGUGGCAUUACAAGAUUUGAACAAAGCAUUAGAAAUGGAUCCUAAACAAGCCUCAACCACCAGAGCCAUUAGAAGUGAUAUUUAUAAAAGCCUUGGACAUUAUGAACUUGCAUUUGCAGAUUUGGAUGCUGCAUUAAGUAACGAGGAUAAUUUAUUAGCGCUUGAGAAAAGAGGUGUCUUGUAUAGAGAGGUUGGUAAAGAAAAUGAGGCGUUGAAAGAUUUUAAUAGAAUUUUACAAAUUUUCCCAAGGAAUUUCCUUGCGCAUAAAAACAAAGCGGAAAUUUUACAUUUGCUUGGACGUGAACACGAAGCCUUGGAUCAUUUAUUUAUAGCAUUACAAUUACAGCCUAUGAAUUUAGAAUUGAUUAUUAAACGUAGUGAAAUAAAUGAGAAAUUGGGGCAGUAUGAUAAGAGUUUAGAAGAUUUAAACAACGCAAUAAACAUGUCAAAAAAUGAUAUAAAUUUAUAUAAAAGGCGUGGUGAGAUGUACCGACUUACAAAACAAUUUGAUAAAUCGAUAAUUGAUUUUAAUAAAGUUUUAGAGUUUGAUCCAAACAAUGUAUUUGCAUUAGCAAGAAGAGGUGAAGUCUAUAGAAUGUUAGGACGUGGACCAAAAGCACUAACUGAUUUGGAUUUGGCAUUGUCAAUUGAUCCUAAUAAUGUAAUGGCAAGAGAAAGUCGUGGAGCAGUUAACAGAAAUUUUAGAAGAUACGAAGAGGCGUUGAGAGAUUUGGACGAGGCGAUUAAACUUUAUGGUGAGAAUACGCCUAGUGUAUUUGCACUAACUAAUCGUGGGGCAGUGUAUCAUAUGUUAAAGAGAUAUAACGAGGCAUUGUUUGAUUUGAAUAAAGUGUUGGAGUGUGAUCCUGAAUACGUUUUUGCAUUGGAGACUAGGGGUGCGUUGAAUAUUAUAUUGGAGAAAUAUGAUGAUUCGUUGAAGGAUUUGAAUAAAUGCUUGGUAAUAGAUUCAAGAAAUGUUUGGGCAUUAUCGUAUAGGGCUGAAGCCCUAAUUAAUCUGGGUAGAUAUAAUGAAGCCUUGAAUGAUUUAAAUCCAGUGUUGGAAGAAUCUCCAGAUUGGGGAUAUCCACUGGCACUUAGAGGAACGGUACAUAGGCUAUUAAAAUCACAUACAAAAUCAUUACAUGAUUUAGAUAGAGCAUUGAAAAACAUUCACGACAGAGCAUUUAAUAUUGAUUAUGAGACAAAAGCGUUAAGUAAUAGAGGGGCGACUUAUUCAGUAUUGGGAAAAUAUGAUGAAGCGCUAAUAGACCUAAAUAAAGUAUUGUUACGUGAGCCACAAAAUAUAUUUGCAUUAACGGAAAGAUCCAAUAUAUAUGUGAUUCAGGGUAAAGUGGAGGAAGCAACUUUGGAUUUACAAAAAAUUUUAAAGGUUGAUAAUAAAAAUGAAUACGCACAAAAGACAUUAAAAAAAAUAGAAAAAAAUGACAUUUCUAGUGGCAGUCCUGCUUUUGGAAAUCCUGGCAGUGGUGUUGGAGAUAACACUAAUGUUAAUGUUGGCAGGAACAAUACUUAUAAUAAAUAUAAUGAUAUUAGAAACAGCAGAAACAGUAUUAAUAAUAUUAGUAAUGGUAGUGCUGGCAGUGAAUACAGUUAUAGAAGCUGA